AUGGAUGUGGCCAACAAUACUACCUCCCCAGCGCGCUCCCCCGAGGGGACAAGCGGCCCUGGGGUCGCCGAGAUGACCCUGGGCUACCAGGUGCUCACCUCCCUGCUCCUGGGCACGCUUAUCCUGUGCGCCGUGAGUGGCAACGCCUGCGUGAUCGCAGCCAUCGCCCUGGAGCGCUCCCUGCAAACCGUGGCCAACUAUUUGAUCGGUUCGCUGGCCGUCACCGACCUCAUGGUGUCCGUGCUGGUGCUGCCCAUGGCGGCCCUCUACCAGGUGCUGAACAAAUGGACGCUGGGGCAGGUCACCUGCGACAUCUUCAUCUCGCUGGACGUGCUUUGCUGCACCUCUUCUAUCCUGCACCUGUGUGCCAUCGCUUUGGACAGGUACUGGGCCAUCACGGACCCCAUUGACUAUGUUAACAAGCGAACUCCCCGGCGGGCGGCCGUGCUCAUCAGCCUGACCUGGCUUAUCGGCUUCUUGAUAUCCAUCCCGCCCAUGCUGGGCUGGAGGACGCCGGAGGACCGCUCGAACCCCGACGCCUGCACCAUCAGCAAGGACCACGGGUACACCAUCUAUUCCACCUUCGGCGCCUUCUACAUUCCGCUUCUUCUCAUGCUGGUUCUCUACGGUCGCAUCUUCAAGGCGGCACGCUUUAGGAUCCGCAAGACAGUAAAGAAAGCAGAGAAGAAAAAAAUCGCCGACACCUGCCUCACUCUCUCUCCGGCCGCCGUGAAGAAAGGCAACGGGGAGCCCGGCAAAGGCUGGCGGCGGACUGUAGAGCCCAAGCCCGGCGCUUGUGUCAACGGCGCGGUGCGGCAGGGCCAGGACGGGACCGCCCUGGAGAUCAUUGAGGUCCAGCACUGCAACAGUUCCUCCAAGACUCACCUGCCGCUGCCCAGCGAGGCGUGCGGCUCCCUACCGCUGCCCUCUUUCGAGAGGCGCAACGAGAAGAACACGGAAGCCAAACGGAGAAUGGCUCUGUCCCGGGAGAGGAAGACUGUCAAGACUCUGGGCAUCAUUAUGGGCACCUUUAUCCUCUGCUGGCUGCCGUUCUUCAUCGUGGCCCUGGUCCUGCCCUUUUGUGACAGUAAGUGCUACAUGCCCGAGUGGCUGGGGGCAGUCAUCAACUGGCUGGGCUAUUCCAACUCCCUUCUCAAUCCCAUUAUCUAUGCCUAUUUCAACAAAGACUUCCAAAAUGCUUUUAAGAAAAUUAUCAAGUGCAAAUUUUGCCGGCAGUGAAGCCCACCGCUCCGGGACGGAGCAAUGGGGUCGUGUUACUUCCUCCACCCCCCUGCCCCGAGCCGCAGUGUGCCCCCGCCCAGCCCCUGCACAGCCCUUCCGAAGGGCGGGGGACUCCGGCAUCCCCGCUCCGCGCAGCACGCCCGAGUCACUCGCUUUACGCCCGCCGGACAAGCCCUGCGGGUCACGGCAGGGCUCCGCUGGGAACGACGGGGGACGCCCGGCCCGGGAGGGCUCCGCGGCCGCCCUCGUCUUUCCCGGCGUCCGCUGCCGAGCGCCGGCGCUCCCUCCCACUCUCCAUCGUUCUGGGUAGACUUAGGGUUUGCAGGUCGUUGCUUGUGGUGGCUUGUAAACCACAGUGUCUGCCCGAGUAGCAUCGGUAAAACAAAACCACCCUAUGCAGGAAACCGCCGUGUCGGGGAUUAUUCUUGGAUUUACGAGGCGACGGCAGUUGACUGGUCGACCACUGGACCGACCUCGGUCUGGGGGUGUGAGUAUGGAGGCUGAAGGCGACUCCUCGAGCGGAGGAAGGAGCUUUGGGCGCUUUGCUUCCCUAUUUGUGAAACCCUCAAGUGGAUGUUCUUGGAGGAAAACCGCCCGUGUUUGGUAAUCUUGCAAAGUACUUACAGCAACGUCCUCGUCUGCGUUACGUGUGCCUGACAGCCCUCCUGGUAAUGCUAGAACCUGCCAGUUCACCGGGGUUCCCUUUGUUACAACACAGGGAAAUUAUGGGACUUAAAAUCCCAACCGCACGCCUCAUUAUAUAUGGAGAUUUAUGGGGAUUAUUUUUUUUAAAUGCCUUGUACCGGGUGUUUCCCAUCAAGGAAAGGCUUGGCGCCGUGCCGUGCGACUGUCCAUGAGUACACCGCGCACGCAACGGCACAGGGAGUUUAAGCAACCU